UCUCUUUCUCUACUGUGAUGUACAACAUUUAACACUUGAUCAACCAGAAGCUGUCAACAACAAUUCUUGUCCUACAUACAUCAGUUUGGAAGUAGAACAACGUCUGAUAUUUUUCGAAUUACUAAAGUCAAUAGACUCUGAAAAAAACUGCUCAUCCUUAAAUUGUGAACUUUACAUUCAAACCCCUUUUUCUGUUUUAUUUUGACUUUUCUAAACCAAAUUAACUUGAUCAAAAUAAUUUUUAGUUGAUAAAGAUAGAUAGCUUUGCAAAUUUUUAGUUUGCCUUGCUAUGAAUAUUUCUAAUAACCAGCAAUCAAAUAAUUCACGGUUACCUCUAUUGCAGAAAAAUGAACGUUUAAAAACGAAUCCUUCGUACCAGUCACUUGGUAGAAGAUCGUCGACUUGGAUGCGAGCAAACGUCCCUACGCAAAAGCCUUCUGUUUUCCGAAGACUUCAAUACUACGUCCCUGUAUUGCAUUGGCUUCCAAAUUAUGCGCUCGGGAAUCUUGUAUGGGAUGUAUUGGCUGGAUGUUCUACGGCAUGUCUUUCUAUUCCGGUUGCCCUCAGCUAUUCUCAAACAUUCUUGGGGAUUCCUCCGGUAUACUCGUUGAUGGGAGCUACUGUAAGUCCAAUACUCUACAGCCUUUUUACGGCUAGUCCAUUGCUUAGCGUAGGUCCAGAAGCUGGUGUAUGUCUGUUAAUUGCAGGUAAUAUCCAUCAACGGGUAAUUGAAAACACUGAAGCUCCAGAAAAAAUGGCAAUCCUCAUUACAGGCAUGAUUACUUUUUUGACAGGCCUUUUCACAUUGUUAGCAGGAACAUUUCGACUUGGAUUCCUCGAUGCUCUUGUAUCUCCUGUUUUACUUCGUGGUUGCAUUUUAUCGAUUUCAGUCAUUAUAAUGAUCAACCAAGCUAGCGUUAUUUUUGGGCUAACUCAUAUUCAACCCAUUAAAUCUGACCUUCCGAUAGAAAAAUUGAUUUUUAUACUGCGCAACAUUCCAAAUUCUCACAAGUUUACCUGUGCAAUCUCAAUGAUUGGGAUUGUUUUGUUUACUGUGUCCCGUUUAGGGAAGACAAGAUUUUCUUCUCGUUUUCCUAGAAUUGUUUCCAUUCCUGAUACCGUUCUAAUUCUUUUGGUGGCAGCCCUACUCAGUAAAUGGUUUCAUUGGCAUUCCGUUCAUGGGGUACCAAUUCUUGGUGACGUUGAAACGAAAGUCAUCUAUCCUAAACUCCCUUUACCUAAAGUAAGUAAGGUAAAUUUUAUUAGUGAAUCUUUACAAACUGGCUUGACAUGUGCAUUUUUGUCAUUCAUUGAUACCGUUAUAGCUAUAAAGGCUCUUUCAACCCAAAGAAAUCAGAUAAUUCGUUCAAAUCGAGAGUUAUUUUCAUUAGGAAUGGCAAACAUUGGUGGAAGUUUGUUUUCAGGUUUACCCGUAUGCGGCGGUUACUUACGUUCAAAGUGUAAUAUACUUUCAGGCGGUCGUACUCAAGUUUCUGCAAUAGCAUGUGGUGUUAUUGUAUUUCUGGCUACUUUGUAUAUUCUACCUGUUUUUUCUCAUGUACCUAAUUGCUUGUUAGCGGCAAUGGUAGUGUCUUUGGCUCUUUCUCUACUAACAGAUGUUACUUCUGAAAUUGUAUCUUUGGUAAAGCUUCGUGCGUUUUACGAAAUUUUAAUCAUAUUUUCCAUAGCUAGCAUAACGAUGAUGCUUGGCUUAGAAACUGGAAUCAUAUUCGGGCUUGGUGUUACAGUUUUACAGAUAAUACGACAUGCGACUCGUUCUCGCAUAAUGUUUCGUACUACGGUCGAUGAAAAUGAAGAUGCUAUUCUGUUGGAAGAUCACACAUCUUGUCGUUCUCAGCGGGUAGAUACAUUUGCCGUUGACGCCGAUGAUCACAUGCGUGUUCUGGUAGUCAGAAUUCCAGAACCCCUAUUCUUUGCCAACGUUAGUCAAUUGGAAGAUCGACUAAGUCGAUUGGAAAAGUACGGUAAUCCGCGUAUGCAUCCCGGUGAAACACCCUAUCACUGUGUUGAAGACCUGGAGAUCGUUGUUUUUGAUAUGGUUGGCGUUUCUUCUAUGGAUUCUAGUGCUUUAUUUACCUUUGGCCGAAUUUUGGAAAGAUACAGAAACUAUAAAACUAACAUCUACCUUGUUUCUGUUGAUCCUUCUAUUUUGCAGAUUUUUGAAAAACAUGGCCUUAUAGAAAUUAUUGGGGGAUUCAAUCACGUUUAUGAUAGCAUUAAGCAAUUAGAUGCUGCCCGCGAAACAGAAAUCGGUCUAUUCUAAAUUCUCGUUUCUUGUAUUUAUUUUUCUCUUAAUUAUCCUUCAAGUUAUUUUUCAUAAUCUUUCUUUAUUUUUUUCUCUUUUAGCAGGACUACACUUUAACCAGUAUACAUAUCAUUACUGGAUAGUCAGCUAUGUUCGUAAUGUUCCUAGUUUUCAAUGUUUUGGCUAUUUUAUUCAAAGCAAAGCAUCUAACAUAUUAAUG